GCUUUUCAAAGAUGCGUCUACGUUUUUGCAAAUCCUUCAUUCGGCUAAACCACAAACAGUACCCUUUAAAGUCGAAAGCGUUGUGUGUCCAGCUGCACACUGGCCGUCCUCAGCUUACACACAGCUACUAUGAAGAGUUGUACCCUGGUCACAUCAACACCACCCCCCUCCAGAAAGCCUUGCUGGCUGUUGGAUCAGGUGUGGCGGCACUGCAGAACCCUUACAGACACGACAUGGUUGCGGUGCUUGGUGAGACCACCGGACACUUGGCGCUCAUAAAUCUAAGGGACAGGAUGAGAAAUGACCCCGAAGGUUACCUGGUCCUAACAGAGAGGCCGAAGAUCCGACUGUCUACACUGGACCUGACAAAGAUGGCCUCCCUGCCUGACGGUUCUUUUGGGAGAGAGUACCUCCGUUUUUUGGAGGACAAUAAUGUGACGCCCGACUCGAGGGCAGGGGUGAAGUUUGUGGACAACGAGGAGCUGUCUUACGUCAUGCUGAGAUACAGAGAGGUGCACGACUUGUUGCACACUUUACUGGGCAUGCCCACCAACAUGCUGGGCGAAGUGGCAGUGAAAUGGUUCGAAGCUGCCCAGACGGGACUUCCCAUGUGUGCUCUGGGAGCUUUGCUGGGACCAUUUCGGCUCAAUUCAAGGCGCUUGCGAUCUCUGCUCACAACUCUGGGCCCCUGGGCCCUGCAGAACGGCUGGCAGGCCCGCUGUGUCCUCAGUGUCUUUUAUGAGAGGCGAUGGGAGCAGAACCUGGAGGACCUCAGACGAGAGCUCAACAUCCAGCCUCCACCACUCAGUUUGAUGAAGAACACCUGAAGGAGCCAACAAACAUCCCUUCAGGGACUAUUUGUAUAAAAAAACUGACUGAAUCACAGACAAACAGGAAAUGUUCGGGAUUGCAUUUUACGACUGAUGUAAUUGUCUAGAGGAAACGGGGGAAGUUUGUUCUUUGUAACGUCUGACUUGUUUCAACUUGCAUCCUGAAUUUGUUUUCUUUCAUCAGCUGUUACUCACGCCAGCAUCUGCUCAAGUAAUGUUGAAAUUUUUAAUUUCUUAUAGUGUUUGACUGCAGGCCUGAUUCAACAGACUGUCAGAUGAGGUUUUGUUGUGCAACAGCAUUAACAGAAAUAAAUUUCAGGUCGAAAUCAUCUCUAAUACUACAUGCGUUAUGCUUUUAUUUUGUAUCA